CCCGUUUCCGGAUAAACGGAAUGCGACAGUAAAAAUUCAUUGAUAGCGCAUGGACGCCAGUGUGCUCCCUGUCGCGGACGUGCCAGCCGCCGUCCUGAGAGAGUACCAAGCGCGUGCUGCGGCGCAAUGCCCGCCCACUGACGCUCAAGAGUACAUGUGGCGUGUUCGUAUGGAAGCCGCCUCGAUUCCAGACGUCACAACAGCAUCGGUCACGAUUGCCAGUGUCCAGCCCAACACGCUUCAGGCACUGUUCUUGCCGUCGCUGCCACCGUACCCCGCGCAUCUCGCGCUAUCCCGUGCCGCCCGCAUGCAAGUCCUCGCCGAAUUUGCAGACUUGAGGCAGUACCUCGCCCAUGUCGAAGCGACGCUCGUGGCUCGGCCCAUUCGCCUGGACAACGUCCCGUUUCCAAAGAUGAGCGAGGAGGCGCAGUGGCGAGCCUUCUUCCUCCGACAUCCUCCAACGGUCAAGGUGCUGCUGCAAAUGGACCAAGUGCUCACCCAACGCCUCCUCCAGACCGUGGCACAUUGGCUGGACGACAGCACCGCACCAAGUCUGUCGAGGCUACGAGCUGUGUGGGCAUAUGGCCUCUUGGCGCGCUUGGAGAAACCUUUGGUCGCGGACAUGGAUGCUUGCGUGCGGCAGAUCUUUCGGUGGUGCUGGGACAUGAGGCACAAACACCACAGCGCGACGGCGGUCGACAACACGCACGAGCGGGACAGCUUGAAUGUCCUCAUUUGCAUUUGCGAUUUCUUUGGACAGGGCGACGAGAUGCAAGGAAGCACCGACACGUCGUCGGUCGAUCCAGCCGGUCCGACCACCUACGCCGCCCCUCGGCUUAGCGACGCCAUCCUGGACGGCCACCACCCCCCGGUGGCUUUCCAUUGACCAGUGUCAGUAGUAACAGCAAACUGUACAGCGCACGAGUGUGCCGAUCGUUCUCCA